AUGGAGGAAAGGGGGAAGCGUGAAGGACCUAUGAAAACGGGAGUUGAUGGGAAGGGUUGGGAAAGAAAAUGGGGAAGGCGUGGGAGGGCUGUGCAGGUUGAGGAAAGAAACAUUGGGGACCCACCUCUCGCUGAACAAGUCACACCCUUCGUCGAAGAAGACAUGAUCACCAGAUUACCGGAGGAUAUUUGCUGCCAUAUUCUCACAUUCUUGCCAAUUACACAUGCCGUGGCCACUAGCGUGCUCUGCAAGAAGUGGAAAAACCUAUGGACUUCUGCUUCCUUCACAAACCUAGAGCUUGAUGACUGGUUACUGCUUCGCCUCGAAAGCUCCAACACCAUGUACAACUACGCUUCCCUAUUCGCCACCUUCGUUAUCAACGUGCUCCGCCUCAUCAAUUUGCCAUGCAUACGAAAACUCGCAUUCUUUUGCUCCGACCCUAACAAUCUGAAUUGCAUAAAUUCUUGGUUUCUUCGUGCAUGCACAUCCAAUACAAUUGAGGUCGAGAUCAGGAUUUUACACGAAAACCCGAUUAAACUGCCUCAAAUUUUGUAUGUCAGCACUUCGCUUCUCGUACUAAAACUAAAUGGGAACAUACGGCUGGAUUUUCCUCCAGAUUGCGUGUGUUUUCCGAGCCUCAAGGUUCUCUGGAUAAAGGUUUAUAGCAAAGAUGGUAUUAGUGUCACAGAGAAUCUUUUCCACAUCUGCCGUGUGCUUGAAGAUUUGUUCAUAGAGGGUGACAUACUGUACAAGAAAAGGGAAGUGGUUUUAAAGGUGAAAUCGAAUACCCUUAAGAGGUUGAAGAUUGAAUGUUUGGUGCAUAAUUUCAAUGGUGAUAUCGACUAUAGCUUUGUGGUUGACUGCCCGAACCUCAAGAACCUUGAGCUCUGCGAUGACUUCUUGGCCAAGUACAGAAUCACUGCGGGUUUGAAGGUUCUCGAUUAUGCAAAGAUUUGUAUCGGAGACCCUUCAGCAGAUUACGGUAAACUUGAGCUCUAUUUCGAGGUAAUUCGCUCAAAUCGUGCGUUUGAGCUUCUUGAAACACUCUCCAAUGUCAAGUCCUUAUCGUUGUCCAGAAGUACUACAUGUUAG